AAAAACUGUUUACGGCAUUGCCAACAAUUAAAAAAGUCAAUUUACUAUGUUCCAAUAUGGCAAUAGAUUUUUUGAUUUUGGGCCUUAUUUUGAUAUCGUUCACAAUAAAUCUGCUGGCACUUGGUGCAUUUUGGGUGACACCAGGCUUAAGGACAACGACUAAUCGAUUUCUUAUUAAUUUAUUAAUUAUUAAUUUAGUCAGUUGCUGUAUAUUGGCAGCUACAUUAAUUUUUAUUGAAGAUCAAGAUACAGUACUCAGUAAUAUUGAAAGUUUAGAAAUCAUUACAAAAAACUCUACUUCCGAUUAUUACAAAUUUAAGGACUUUAAAGAUAUUGAAAAUGAAAGUGCGAUAGGUGGUCACAGUGAUGAAGAGGAUAUGGUGGAAUCUAAUCAACUUAUGAGGCUUUGGUCGAUUGAUAUGGCAGCAGCAUUGGGAGCAUUAUCAGUGCUUUUAGUGGUUGGUGAUACUUGGAUGGCAGUAAGAGAUCCUCUGCAUUAUCACCGUCGUGUGUCAAGAGUAAAGGCAUGGGUACUCAUCACCACAACCUGGACUCUUGGCAUCUUCUUUGGAAUGAUAUCAGCUUACAGACAAAUAUAUUUCGAAUGUAUCAAAAUUAUCGAAAAUAAUAGAAAUAUGCUCUUUGAGGAGAUUGAAGAGUGGACCCUUACAGAAGGUACGAUCCUUAAUAUGAUUUUUUCGUGUAUUUAUUUUGUUUUAAUUAUUUUGCUGCCAUUUGGAUUUAUUUGUGGAAUGUAUUGGAGAAUAUUUUCGGAAGCCAAGGAUAACGGUGUAAAAAAACUAAAAAAAAGAUCUUCACCAAUUCUUCAACAACAAAUCCUGUCUAAGUUCAAAGAAACUACUAGUCUUGAUGAUAUCAAUAAAUCUCCAUUCCAACCUCUCCUAGUACGAUCUUCUGAUCGCUUAAAUGCUAUUCGACAGAUUUACUCCGAUCCGAACUUCCAGAGAUUUAACCAAGGCCACAGUAAUUUUGUGACUGGCUUUGAACCCACAUCAAACCUUCGUUAUAUGGCGCAUCAAGCCCUCCAAAUCCCUACAACUCACACUUCUCAGAGAUCCUUCAACUACAUGGUAUCGGUUUUCAAGCAUCGCGAAGAGUCACGAGCUGCUCGAAUUAGUAUUUUAGUUGUCAUAAUGUUUAUUGUAUCAUAUCUGCCUUACGGUUUUCUGGUUUUACUUCAAGAUGGACAAAUAAUUGAGAACUUCCAGUAUGCAACUCAACUAGCAGUAUUCUUGAUUCUCCUUGGUAAUCUUACCUCACCUAUUAUAUUCGCUUAUAGGAACAAGCGUAUUAGACAUGGAAUUAAUCGCCUCUUUGGCUUGGAUAUCCGUUCAAGGAUUUAUCGUCAGCGAGAUAAAUGUGGUACGUUACAUUCUGGUACCAAAGUCAGUACAAGUUUAAAACGAAAUCGAAGAAAAUUAUAUUCAUACUCGAAGAAUACAUGUAAAUAUCUUGAACCGAUUUUGAAAAACCCUCCAAAAAGCUUACAGAAUAUAAAAUAUGAUACAAAUAAAGUUGGAACGUAUUUGUAUCUAACAAAUUCAGCGACUGUUCAAAGUAGUGUCAUAUUUGGACAUAUUUCUGUUGUUAGUACAUAA